GAAGAAGGAUGACCAAGAAGGCAAUGACGUAGCAUCCUCGAAAUUCCGGCUUCGGAGGAUCCUUCCCUGACUUUGAGCAACUGUGAGCAACACCCAGAAGAACAACAACAGCGUUCUUCCUGAGGACUGUACUACGAAGCGAGAUUUGGCGUUAACGAGUGCAACCCUGUGAAAGAAAAGAACAGUAGUUUCAGAAGAGAUGUCCUCCCAAGUCCGACUGAGGCUGCUGCCGAGAGCCAGAUGCAUGUUUGAUGAGCCAGUUCAGGUAAAGGUGGCCGGGCUGAGGGCGAGACAGGUGGUCACCAUGAGAGCCAGAUCCACUGACGACAAGGGACUGGUGUUCAGCUCCUCGGCCACCUACAAGGCUGAUGGGAGCGGGGAGAUCGACCUGGAGAGAGACCCCUCUCUCAGCGGGAGCUACGUCGGGGUGGAACCCAUGGGUCUGCUGUGGUCCAUGAGAGCAGACACCUUGCACAAAAGGUUUCAGAUAAAAAAUUCACUAAACCCUCAUGUGGUGAAGUUAUCUGUGCACAGGGAAGAGGAGGAGGAGGAGGAGGAGGGGGAGGGCAGGAUGCUGGCAGAGGCGACCAAUGAGAGGCUUCUGAUUGGAGACGGAGUUAGCCGGCUCCCCAUCAAAGAGGGGAAUAUCCGUGGAGUCCUGUUCACUCCCUCAGGAAGAGGUCCAUUCCCUGCCGUGUUGGAUUUGUACAUUUUAGGAGGAGGUUUGUCAGAGAAAAGGGCUUCUCUGCUUGCCAGUAGAGGAUUUGUGGUCCUGACUGUAGUGGCAUAUGGUUAUGAUGACAUGCCCAAGAAGAUUAAAGGGGUCCAUCUGGAUUAUUUUGAGGAAGCAAUACAGCUUUUAAAAAAACAAGAUAAGGUGGGCAGUAAAGGAGUUGGUGUAUUAUCAUUUUCCAAAACUGGAGAUGUUGCACUAUCAAUAGCCUCUUACCUGCCAGGUGUUGAGGCCACAGUGUGCAUCAACGGCUGCUGUUCCAAUACAGUUUUACCCCUCUACCAUAACAAGAGCCAAAUCCUCCCUCCGUUAAUGUUGGACAUCAGCAAGAUGGUUCCCACUGAGUCAGGAGCCUUUAUGAGCAAGAAUGUUAUGCAUAAUUCGCUGGCAGAGGAGAACAAGGCCACCCUGGUCCCCAUUGAACAAGCCAAGGGACGUUUCCUCUUUGUGGCUUCAGAGGACGACCUCAAUUGGGACAGCAAGGCUUACAUGGACCAGAUGGUGGAGAGACUGCAGCAUCAUGGGAAGGACAACUUUGAGAGUGUGUCUUACCCUGGAGCAGGACAUUACCUAGAGCCGCCAUACGGACCCUACUGCCCCUCCAGUUUUCAUGCGUUUGGUGGCACGACAGUCCUGUGGGGGGGUGAGCCCAGGUCCCAUGCAGCAGCUGAAGUCCACCUGUGGAGGAAGAUCCAGGAGUUCUUCAGAACUCAUCUCAGCUGUGAUGCUAUACAAAUUAAAGCCAGAUUAUAGAUACAAAUACAGUUGAAGUUAAUUUAAUGUUUUUCAAUUAAGAAUAUCUUUGUAACAUUAUAUCUAGGAGGAUGUAAGAGUGGAUUUGUUCCUUUAAGAACUGUAGGACCUUUGCACCAUGGGACUUCAGUCAGGAAGUUGAACGUGAGCAGGACAGCCUCAUAUCAGUGUUAUAUCUCCAUACAAUCCGCUUCAAUCUUUGACGUUCCAUGCCUUUGGUAGCAUUCUCAGUAUGUGAAACCGUAUGUUACAUACUGUUCUGAUAUCUUUGUUAAUUAUUGUCAGAAAGUUUGAUGUGCAUUCAUUGUAAUAUUAGAAUAACAGAGGUUCAGAGAUUACCUGGAAACUACCAGAAGCAUUUCAAGGUAAUCUCUGCACCUCUGUUAUUCUAAUAUUACCAUAUAAUAAAAUAGAAACAGGCAGUUUUGCAUUUUGCAGUACUGAUUCAUGGUUGUUACACAGAAACUACCAGAAGCAUAUCCAGGUAAUAUCUACACCUCUG